UCCCGCUUUCUGUCUUUUUACUGACUUCUCCUAGCUCAGCGAGGGUCGUAUUUAGCGUGGUCUGAUCCCCGUGGGAGUUUCUGCGCCAGCCCCGCCCCUCUCGGUCACCGCGCGCAUGCGUGGUUGGCACGUCCGUGUGGAAGAAGACGGUAAACUGAUGGAUCCGCUACUUUGGCUUGGUUUGGCGGCCGUAGUAGCUGUGCUAUUGGUAAUCCUCUCAUUGAUAACCUUCAGACGAGGAACAGAUAAACGCGAUGGAGUGGAACCAGAGGCCGAAGACGCAGGCGGCGGACAACAACAGCAACAGCAGAUGCGGCGAGGUAGGACUCUUAGAGCUAGAGCGGCAGCUCUGAGGAGAGCCCGAGCCAACAUAGCAGGGGAGGAGGUGGCCGAAGAAGAUGAAGAUCUGGCCGUUCCUGAGGAAGAAGAGGCAUCUCCGUUCAGAAAAAUUGGUACGAAAAAGCUUCGCAAGAUGAAGGACAAGGCAGAGAAGAAAGUCAUGAGAGAGCAAGAGGAGGCGAUUCGUGAAGAUCGUAAGAAACGUGAAGCCCUAAGGGAGGAGGAAAUAAAGAGUGCCGAGGCUGAGGAAGGAGCAAGAAAAAAGCAAGAGGUGUAUAUCUUGUAAUUGUCCAUGCCGUGACUCUCGCUUUCACUUGCCAAAAAUGCGUUAAUUGUGGGUUUAGGAGGAGGAGCAGGAGAGUCUGAGGUUGGAGAAGGAGAGACAGGAGCACGAGGAGUACCUGAAGCUACGGGAGGCAUUCACAGUGGAGGAGGAAGGGGAGCAGGGUGAGGAGGAGGAGGAGGAGGCAAGAGGAGUGCAGGAUUUCAUCGACUACAUAAAGAGGGAGAAGGUGGUGUAUUUGGAGAAUCUUGCUGUAGAGUUCAACCUCAAAACUCAAGAUGCAAUUGACCGUGUUAAUGAGUUGCAGGAGAGUGGAGAUUUGACGGGUGUCAUUGAUGACAGGGGCAAGUUCAUCUUCAUCUCAGAGGAGGAACUGAAGUCUGUUGCAACGUUCAUCCGUCAGAGGGGCCGCGUCUCCAUUGCCGAACUCGCCAGUGCCAGUAACUCAUUGAUCAAUCUCCAGCCAGAAUCAUAGUAGCUUCCAAUAUCAUCAUGUUUUGCAUAGGGCAACCGUAUUGUUGUCAUUCAUUGCGCUUACACAGUA